UAAGCCCAGACCUUGCAGCUUUUCCUCCACACCGCAAGAGGGCGCACAAGAAAAUAUCUGACUUUUACACCACCUGAACGAAGAAAACGCGUGUUGUUGUGGAAAGUGGACUUUGAAUAAAGCAAAACGCCGGUUUGUGCAGCCAGAGGGAAGAAGGAACCAAAGAUGAUUCGCCCAAAGGAAAAGCAGCUGCAGCGCUUUCCAGGGGAGUCUCGCACCUCCAUCCCUCCACUGCUGUCUCUGCCCACAUCCCCUGCUUUUCUCCAGCCAGAUCCUUUCCUGCGCCCUGGGACACGCAUGCCAAGCAGAGGAGCUCCCAGAGGACAUCCGUUUCCACCUGCACAGAGUAUUCGUCCAGUCGCUACCCAGGGCCUCCUCGGUCCCUACCCACUGCUGCAGCACGCGAUCCCCCUGCCUCGACGGCCAGAGAUGUCACCGUGUCCUGGGAAGCAGCUCCACCCACCUUUUUUAUCUCCAGGAGGCGGCCGGUCUCUUCUCGGCUCCGCUCCCAUCGGUGUUCCACUGAUGCCCCCACGCAUGACUUUUAUCCCUGAACAUCGUGGAGCUUUUAUGAAUAAGGACGGCUCUAUGCACUAUUUUCAGAGAAAGAGGCAAAACGGCCAUGUAGCUGAAGAGAAAAGUAAUGGACAGAUGAGCAAAUGCAGAGCGGAUGUAAAAACUUCGAAGCAAGCCGAGUUGAUGUGUUCGAAUACAGGAAAGAAACCAGAAGCGUCUGUGGAAAGUCAGGGCUCAUCCACUGAGCAGAAAGAGCCUCCUGGGAAAAAGCAGAAGAACCACAUAGCUAAUGAGCAGGUCGAAGAGCAUGAAGGUGCUGAUGUGGAGCAAAAAUUGGCAGAUUCGUCGCCGAUACAAGAGCAGGAAGAAAACAUGCACGUGUCUGCAGAGAAGGAAUGCCCAUCUGCUGAAGCUGACAAUGGACUGGAGCAGAGCAGGACAGCAGAGGUGCUGGGUGUAGGGACAUCUCUUAAAGUGACCAUUCAGCACCGCAGUGAGAGUCGGGCGUUCAACACUGGGUCAGAGGAGGCAGCAGCUGCAGGACCAAGCAUGGACAAAGCAGACAAAUACUGCUGCUAUAUCUGCAACAUGAUUUCUAGUGACCAACAGGAAUUUCAGACUCAUAUGAUCAGUUUGAAGCACCAGCAAAAGAUGAUGGAGAUUCAGCACCUGAGUAACACCUGCUUGGCAACACUGCUACCUAAAAUGCACCAAUCACUGCAGGGCAAAUACAGAGGCCUACAGCGCUGGUGUGCAAUCUGCCAGUGUCACUUUACCGGUGACCUUAUCGAACACAGAAGAACCAAAAAGCACAAGAUGGCAAAGGUCUCUUCUAGACCAUUCUGCACAGUGUGUGAGCGACAUUUCAGAACUCCUCGCAAGUUUGUGGAGCACAUGAAGUCCCCUGAGCACAAACAGCUGGUCGAGGAGCUAAAAGAGGGAGGAGGACCUGGAGUCAUGGAAGAACUCAUAACAUUAGAUGCCAUAGGUUGCUUUGAAGAGGAAGAUGACUAUGAGGAAGAAGGAAGCGAAGAUGAGGUUAAUCCAGCAGAGAUUACUGAUGAUAAAGAGUAUGACCCAGACACACAGUAUGGCACCAGUUUUGUAGUCCCGGUAGCAGGCUUUCUCUGUAAACUCUGCCACAAGUUUUACCAGUUUGAGUCUCGAGCUCGGGAGACGCACUGCAAAUCUCUCACUCACUACCAGAAUGUUCAGAAGUACAAAGCUAUGCUGAACCUACCUCAGGAGGAUGAUGAAAACCCAGCCAGGAAUGAAGGUGAUGUGCAGAAUGUUGAGAACAUCAUUGAAUGCAAUGCAGAGAUGAAGGACGGCCAUGAGGAAGAGAUCAUCUUUGAAAAUCAGUCGGAUUUCGUUAUACAUCCAGAUGCAGCCCACAGAAACAUGCAAUAGUAUAAAUCCUUCCCUCAAGGCUCCAACCUCAAAACCAUUGCCUGAGACCUCGCCACACAAUCCUAGUUUGGAUUUGAAGCAUUCAUCAUUGGUUUGGAGGGCUGAAAAAAUCUCUAAUUGUGGUUCUUUCAAACGAUUAUGAAGGUUUGAGUAAACCUCAAAGUCUCAUUGAUGUGCAUAUUAUAGUGACGAUUCUAACAAGCAGAAGCUGAACUUGAUUGACAUUAGUUUAUUAAUGAAUUAUGCCAAUAUGCCACUUUUGAAACUUUGACCAUGUAGCUAUACAUAGUGGUGUAAGUUUUCUCUCUUUUUAAAUAUUUUAUUUAGAGAGAGAGAGAGAGAGUCUUCAUUUCUAUCCAAUACAAAAAUAAAUUGGAAAGUAAGUUUAUUACUUAAUAGAACGAUGGGUUUCUUCAUCACUAUUUCAGUUUCUUUAUGCUAUCCUGCCAAAAAAACAAAUAUUAUCCCCUAUUUCUUACGACAUCCUGGUACAAGCUUUGUUUAGCAUUUUUUUUAUCCAAUGUUAUUUUAUUAUUAUUCAUGUUAUUAUUAUUCAUUAAAAACAUUUAUUUAAAUAAGUGCAAACUCCUUGUUUGAUAAAGAGCCUAAAACCACAUCUUUUUUUUUUUUUUUUUUAUGUUUUUUAUUGGAAAACAAUUUAGACCUUCUUUUUAUCACUCGAGUUCGUAACAUUGUUUCCAUAGAAUUCUUAACAAUUAACAUUUUGUCACUCUUUAAACUGUUUAAUAAAUCUGUCACGGGUGCAAUGUAACGUAGUGGACGUGUACAGGCUGAUCAUAUAUGUGGUAAGAGGUUGAGAUUUAGAAAAUCUCUUGCAGUAAUAUUUUGUGACUUGGUAUUAAAAGCUGGAAACUAAACUAAAA